AUGUCAGUAUUAGACGUUUUAUCAGUUAAAAGUGGAGUUAUCUAUGGGGAUGAUGUUAGACAAUUAUUCUUAUAUGCUCAAAAGAAAGGUUUCGCUAUUCCAGCCAUCAAUGUUACUUCAUCAUCAACAGUUGUUGCUGCUUUAGAAGCUGCAAGAGAUGCUAAAUCACCAAUUAUCUUACAAACUUCUCAAGGUGGUGCUGCUUACUUUGCCGGUAAAGGUGUUGAUAACAAAGAUCAAUCAGCUUCAAUUCAAGGUUCAAUUGCUGCUGCUCAUUAUAUUAGAGCUAUUGCUCCAGCUUAUGGUAUUCCAGUUGUUUUACACACUGAUCAUUGUGCUAAAAAAUUAUUACCAUGGUUCGAUGGUAUGUUAAAAGCUGACGAAGAAUUCUUUGCUAAAAAUGGUGUUCCAUUAUUCUCAUCUCAUAUGUUAGAUUUAUCAGAAGAAUCAGAUGAAGAAAAUAUUGAAACUUGUGUUAAAUAUUUCACUAAAAUGGCCAAAAUGAACCAAUGGUUAGAAAUGGAAAUCGGUAUUACCGGUGGUGAAGAAGAUGGUGUUAACAAUGAAGAUGUUCAAAAAGAAUCAUUAUAUACUUUACCAGAAACUGUUUUCAAAGUUUACGAAGGAUUAUCACCAAUCUCACCAAAUUUCUCAAUUGCUGCUGCUUUUGGUAAUGUUCACGGUGUUUAUAAACCAGGUAAUGUUCAAUUAAAACCAGAAAUCUUAGCUGAUCAUCAAGCUUAUGCUAAAAAACAAAUUGGUGGUGAAAAUGAUAAACCAUUAUUCUUAGUUUUCCACGGUGGUUCAGGUUCAAGUCAAAAAGAAUUCGAUACCGCUAUUACUUCAGGGGUUGUUAAAGUUAAUUUAGAUACCGAUUGUCAAUAUGCUUACUUAAGAGGUAUCAGAGAUUACGUUUUAAACAAAAAAGAUUAUUUAAUGUCCAUGGUUGGUAACCCAGAAGGUGAAGAUAAACCAAACAAGAAAUUCUUUGAUCCAAGAGUUUGGGUUAGAGAAGGUGAAAAGACUAUGUCAAGCAGAAUUUCCGAAGCUUUAGAUGUCUUCCACACCAAAGGUCAAGUAUAA